AUGACUGAUGGGAAAACCGAGGCCACCAUCAAGAACUUCAGCCCCCACUACCGCCGCCAGUACGCCGUGGCUUUCUGCAGGCACGUGCAGGAGGAGCUGGAGCAGCACCGCCACUCCCAGUCCCGCUUCCUGAAAACCAGGCCUGCAGGGGAAGCCGGGACAGUUCUGUACGAAGCAGAGCUGCUGCAUUUCAGUGAGGACCUGAAGAAGUGGAAGGACAGAUACAUCGUGAUCAAAAAUGACUACACUGUGGAUUGCUUUGAGACCAAAGAGGCCUACCAGAAGGGAGCCAGCCCUAAAUAUCAUGUUAUUCCUGCAGGAGGCAAAGUCCUGACUUCAGAAGAAGAUUACAAUUUGCUGUCUGAUAAAAAUUUUCCAGACCCUGUUGGUUCAAGCGAGGAGGCGGCUGCAGCCUUCGUCCCGCUCCCGAAGGAGUUCCCGGUGUACCUGUGGCAGCCCUUCUCCCGGCACAGCUACUUCUGCUUCCCAGAGCCAGGGGCACAGCGGCGCUUCAGCGCUGUGCUGGGGGACUGCGUGAGGCAUUCCAACCACGACUUUCUCAAACAGACCACGUAUGAAGUGGAGGCGUUCUUAGAGGCCAUUCAGUUCUUCCGUCAGGAGAAGGGCCACUAUGGCACGUGGGAAAUGAUAACUGGCAAUGAAAAAGAGAUCCUGAGCAACCUGGUGAUGGAGGAACUACUGCCUAACCUCCAGACAAUGAUCCUGCCUAAAAUGAAGGGGAAGAGAAAUGACAGGAAACGGGCCUGGUUUGGGAUCGUAGAGGAAACCUAUGGCUUAGUCCAGCAGCAGGUGGCAGAAGGAUUAAGUACCUUGAAAGAAGAAUGUAGAGAAUUUGCAAAAACUCUUGAAGGGACCAUUCGUUCAGACAUGGAUCAGAUUCUGAACUCCAAGAACUUCUUAGCUGGAAAAAUCAAAGCCAGUGUUUCUGAGCCUGCCCAGAAGUGCUGCACAGAGAAUAUCCAGCCAUUCCUCACCUCCAUCCUGGAGGAGCUCAUGGGCCCCGUCAGUUCCGGAUUCACGGAAGUGCGCGUGCUUUUUGAUAAGGAAGUGAAUGAAAUCAUCCAGGACUUCCAGAAGACCAAUGACAUGACCAGGCUAAAGGAGAAUGUGGAUCAGCUCAUGACCCUGCCCUUCAACUCGGUGAAAAUGGAGCCCUGCUAUCUGAAAGUGAACCUGCUCCAGGAGCUCCUGCAGGACCUCAAGAGUCGCUUCAAGGUCUAUCACAUCGAUUUUGUGAUUCAGAGGACACAGAACUUCAUGCAAGAGCUGAUGGAAAAUGCAGUUUAUACUUUUGAGCAGUUGUUCUCUCCAAGCCACCAGGCAGACUCAGCCAAAGUUGCAACAACCAUUGAAAAAGUCAAACUGAGAGUGCUGAAGCAAUAUGACUACGACAGCAGCACCAUCCGCAAGAAGAUAUUCCAAGAGGCACUGGUGCAGAUUACCUUGCCCACAAUGCAGAAGACACUGGCUUCAACAUGCAAACCAGAGCUGCAGAGAUACGAGCAGUACAUUUUUGCUGAUUACACAAGUGUGAUCCAAGUAGAGAACGUCUAUGAAGAGAUUUUACAUCAGACACUGCUUGAAGAGGCCCUGAAAGUGAUCAACGAAGCUGCUGUUCUGAGGAAGCACAACCUGUUUGAGGAUAACCUGAACGUGCCCUGCGAGAGCGUGUCCAGCCUGACGGAGCUGAGGACCCCCGUGGGAUCAGCACAGAGCACCCCCGCCAAGGUGCCCGCAGCUCCCCGAGCCGAGGGGUCGGACACCGAGAGCCACGGGGACGAAACGCUCCUUGUGACAGGGAAAAUCGUGUGGGAGAAGGAUGCUGAUCAGGGAAAGUCACCAGACAAAGAGGCAGGCACCUCUGUUAGUGCAGCUGGUGAUCAGGCCAGCAGGAGGGAAGCAGUGGCUGUUACAGACACUGGUGACAAACAGGAGUGCCCUUCAGCUGGCCACACUAAACAAGGAGUUGCAGAGGGAAAAAGUGCGUUGGAAAAUGUAUCAGAGUGUGUAGUGAGCACUGAGAAAGAACUCAAGGCACAACAAACAGCUGUGGAGGAAAAAGUAGCUUCUGGGACUGACACUGCAAUAAAAAAUUUUGAAGCCAGCCCUAAAAAAGAACUGAAGGUACCUGAAGGAGCAGUGGAGGAAGAGGUGACUUCAGCGAGUCAAACAGUAAUGGCUGCUGCGUCUGUCAGCAGCACUGAGAAAGCAAGCACAGCACAGGAUAAAGUUUCUGAGAUAAAGCUCACUUUCCCACCUAAGAGUGUAACAGAUGCAGAGAUUUUAGGGAGUGCGGAAAAGAAAAGCAAGGUAGAAAAUGAAACUAUGGGAGAAUUUUCUCAGAGUGAAAAUGCUGUAGGAACAGGGUUGGAAGGGGAUAGUAAAAAAGAAAGUGGUGAGAGUACUGAGACAAAGAUUGUUUCCCAGGAUGAAAAGACAGGCAAAGCAGGGUUUGGGGAUAGUCCUGAAAAAGAAAGCCAGUCAGAAGAAAAGAGUUGUAAAUCUCCCGAUGAUGUGAAUGAGAUAAGGAGUUUGCUGAUGCUGACAGUUGAGAUCCCAGCAGAUACUCCAGCUGAGAACAUAAAGGAGGUCUGUGAGGGCGAGCUGCUGAAGUUGCAGGAGCACCAUAAUGGGAACUACGAGUUGAGCGAAGUGACUGUGGCAGAAAUUCAGGUGAGCCAGAAGAUGAAGAGUGAAGAUGCAGCAGAAUGUGUGGAGAUCAAGGAGGAGCGACCAUCCUCAGUCAGCCUGGGGACAGAUGGUACGAGGCUAGAGAGCGUGCCCAGGGGGGCACAAGCUCCGUGGCUGGUGGAGAGCUGGGCUCCGCCUCAGGAGGCAAAGGCAGAGGUGGAGAGCAAACCAAGUGUGUGGUACGCAGGUGCGGAAGGUGAGAGGUUGCAGCCAGAGGACACGGGAACUGCGGUGCAUGGGGAGGAAGGAACAGGGAACAGCCACGUUGUCCUGGAGGACGGUGGGACACAGAGCUCCUUUCCGAGCCCUGCUGCAGAUGCAGCCAUGAGGGACGUGCCCAUCCUGGAUAGAGCAAACCCGGGCCCAGGACUGCUGGAGCCGGUGUCCCUGGAGCCGCAGCAGCAGCACCUGGGGCAGCCCAGGGCAGAGCGCACGGCAGACACAGAGCCUGGGCGGCGAGAGGGGGAGCCAGGAGAUCAGUCCUCUUCGCACGCAGGAAUUCAAAGCACCGGAGGAAAAGCGAUUCCCCCAGAAGAGCACCGAGGAGAUGGUCCUGCACAGCAAAACUCUGAGGAGUAGAAAGCAGCUUUCAGGCCAGCCCUGCAGGACCUGUUUACUCCAGUAAUCCCUGUUCAGUUUGGAAUACUUGUUCAGGUCGGGGCUGGAGGAAAUGCGCUUUGUUGUGGUGUCCCCAGCUCCUGCAGGUUUCCCACGAAUCCCUUCCUGAGGGAUGGGUGACGGGUUUCCUUUUGGUUAAAACCAGGUUACUGCUGAGGAAUCUCAGCUGUCACUUCAAAUCUGCUCCCUUUUAAAGCUAGAGAAAAAGUCUGGAAAUGUGACCACAGAAUGCUUCAAACGCCCAACUAUCAUCAACUUAUUUUAACAACUUAGCUGUUCUUAGGGAUCCUCUUGACUUUUAAAUGCAUAGUUUUGACAAGUACCGCUCUGAUUCUGGUGAUUGGUACAUACAUACCCGAGGAUGCUUUUAGUAUAUGCAUGCAGUAUACAGGAAAUAAAAACAUUUUUUGGUAGUAAACAGAAGCAAAUAGUUGAUUUAGUAGAUUGCAGAAAAGCCACAUGGUGCAAACUCUGCAUACUGAUUACUUAAUUAUUGUUAAGAUUUGGCAGAUAUCAAAGACAAGCAAAUAUUCUGAUUUUUUUUUUUCUCUUAUUGCUUUAUUUAAAAAGGGGAAGGUAUGGGAGCAGGUUUCUCAGUCCCACUCUGCACUUCAGGGUUAUUUAGCCUUCCAGAGCACUUUAUGGCUAUUUUGUUUUGUUUUGUUUUAUGGAAGGGAGAGAAGAGAAUGUUUACAAUAACUAUAACCAUUAGGCAGCAUUUCUCUGGUUUAAAUCCCACCAUAAAAUAGGUUCACUUACAGCAUUUUCAUACAGAAUAUUGAGUCCUGCCAUUCCCAUUCCCACUGAGUUACUCAGGUCUGUAGACCUUUUUAGGUGUGGAAAUCAUGUAAUAAGUGGCAACAAUUGUGAAAUACCAGAAUCAUUGCAUCUAAUUUCUAAUGCAGAUAUUAACUGGAG